AUGAAUGCACGCCGGGCCCUACUCUCCGCCGCCUUGUUCGCCAGUCUCCUCUGGGAUUUACCUUGCUGCCUCCCGGCUUCUCUCCCCGCCGCCUCGGAGCUCGCCGCCUCCUCCAAAGGUGGUCGCAGCCGCAGGGUGCCGCGGUCUCCACGAGAGAACCGCCCGCGGCAAGGGGGACACGCCAUGGGCCGGGCGCUCCCACGGGCAGAACCCCACGAGUACAUGUUGUCUCUGUUCAGGACUUACUCCAUCGCGGAAAAACUGGGCAUCAACGCCAGCUUUUUUCAGUCGUCCAAGUCCGCCAACACCAUCUCUAGUUUUGUAGACAGGGGACGAGACGAUCUCUCGCCCGCUCCCUUGAGGCGGCAGCAGUAUGUGUUUGAUGUGUCGACCCUCUCGGAGACGGAGGAGCUCGUGGGGGCCGAGCUGCGCCUGUUCCGGCGGCCCCCCCGCGGCCGCCCGCCGCCCGCCGCCCCGCUGCAUGUGCAGCUCUCCGCCUGCCUCUCGCCGCGGCCCCUGGACUCCCGCGCCCUGGACCCGCGGGCGGCCUCGGCCGCCGGCUGGGAGGUGUUCGACGUGCGGCAGGGCCUGCGGGAGCAGCGGCCCUGGAAGCGGCUGUGCCUGGAACUGCGGGCCUCUGCGGACCGCGGGCCGCGGCGCUGGCUGGACCUGCGAGGCCUGGGCUUCGGGCGGCGACCCCGGCCGCCGCAGGAGCGGGCGCUGCUGGUGGUCUUCACCCGCGCCCGGCGGCGGAGCCUCCUCGGGGAGCUGCGCGCCGAGCUGGGCGCUCCGCCGCCGCCCGCUGCCCGCCGCCCGCCGCCCCGGCGCCAGCGCCGCGCCGCCUUCGCCAGCCGGCACGGCAAGCGGCACGGCAAGAAGUCCCGUCUGCGCUGCAGCAAGAAGCCGCUGCACGUCAACUUCAAGGAGCUGGGCUGGGACGACUGGAUCAUCGCCCCACUGGAGUACGAGGCCCACCACUGCGAGGGGGUCUGCGACUUCCCGCUGCGCUCCCACCUGGAGCCCACAAACCACGCCAUCAUCCAGACCCUCAUGAACUCCAUGGACCCCGGCUCCACGCCGCCCAGCUGCUGUGUCCCCACCAAACUGACUCCCAUCAGCAUCCUCUACAUCGACGCCGGCAACAACGUGGUGUAUAAGCAGUACGAGGACAUGGUGGUGGAGUCCUGCGGCUGCAGGUAG